AUGACAAGGAAGGAGUUGGUUAAGGCCGCCAAAGCUGCUCAGAAUUUGGUAGAGGAAAAAGCCAAAUUGGCCGAAGAUGAAGCUGAGGUCGCCAGAGUCGAUCUUGCGGCCGCCAAGGCCAAGGCAACUGACCUAGAGGCUAAGCUUCAGGAGGCCCUUGACUCAAAGGAAGCCGAAGUCAAGGCGGCCGAUGAAAAAGCUUUUAAAGAGGGGCAAGCCGCCGACUCUGGCGAUGAACCUGACGAAGAUGAUACCGAGGAUGGUGAAGUUGAUGAAGUAGAGGAGGAGGCUGCCAUUGAUGCCAAGUCUUCCACCCUCAAUGAGCAAGUAGACUUGACUCAAGAUGAGGAGGAUGACUUGAAUAUCAUAAUUGUUCUUAUCAUUACUGGCACUGGCACUGAAUAUGUUGCAAAGAUUGGUGAUUUUGGGUUGGCAAAGAGAGCAAAACAGAUGAGGAUGAUGGUGACGAUGUCAAAGUCUUGUAAAUUGAGAGGAAGUCUCGGGUAUUCGUCGCCAGAGACAGUGGUUUAUAAAGGGCUACAACAAGAGUCUCCAUCUGAUGUCUGGGCUCUUGGGAUGAUUGUGUUUGAGAUGUUAGCUGGGAAGUCUGUGUGGGAUGGAAAACAAGAUUCAGAAGUUGAGGACAUUCUCUCUGAGAUUGGUAAAGGGCAUGGACUGCUCAAACUACCUAAUCAGAGUGAGGUAUCAGAGGAAGCAAUGGACUUUUUGAAGGGUUGUUUUGCUGGAAAAGCUAUGGAUAGAUUGACUACUCAGAUGCUCUUGAAUCACCCUUUUGCGUUUGGAUUGGGCGAGGAUAGCGAAGACGAUGAGGAAGAAUUAUCAGUGGAGGAUUCCGAGGAGAACGAUUGCUCGCCAUCGUCGUCAUUGUCAUUGUCAGAUUACGAGUCUGAUGAUUGGAACUUGAGGGUCAAGAAACCAAAGGUGGAUGAAGAGGCAAUUAGUGUUUGCUCGUUGUUGUCAUACGAAUACAAUGCUGUGGAUGAUGAUGAACACGGUUCUUCUUGCGUUUCAUAUGAUUGGAGUAACAUGCCAUUGGAGACUGAGGAAUUGCAGGAAGUCGAUAGGCCAUUGUCACUGUCAGUUUGUUAUUAG